ACCGUAUCGCUGGAGUAUCGAAGCUGAAAGUGGUUUGAAUCAGGAAGUGCUGAGAGUGAACAUGGCUUCCAGACAGCAGCUCCUGAGUUUCACCGAAGAGACAAUUUGUCCCAUUUGUCUGGAUUUCUUCACCGAUCCGGUUAUCCUGGAUUGUGGACACAACUUCUGUCGCUCCUGUAUCACCCAGAGUUGGGAAAAGAAGGAGAUAAACUCCUGCCCGGAAUGUAGAGAGGGGUUUCAAGGAAGAAACCUCAGGGUAAAUCGGGCCUUAGCGAAUCUAGCCGAGAAAGCUCGAAAUUUAAAGCUGGAUCCGAAAGAUGAGAAAAGUAAACGUCACUGUGAGGAUCAUCAGGAAGAACUGAAGCUGUUUUGUGAAACUGACAAGAAAUUGAUCUGUCUGAUUUGUCGAGAUUCGCGGGAACACAGAGAGCACCGCUUCACCCCGGUUAAAGAAGCUGUUGAACAUUAUAGGGAUCAGCUGAAAUCUUCCUUAGAUUCUCUCACAGAGAAGAAAUCGGCGGUUCUACAAACGGAACUGACUCAGAAACGGAAGAUUUCCGAAGUGAGGGAACAGGCGAGCAGUCUGCAGACCCACAUCACAUCCGAGUUCACUAAAAUGCACCAGAUUCUCACUGAGAAAGAGCAGCGUUUACUCAGAGAUCUCAGGGAAGAAGAGGAGAGGAUUGUAGAACGAAUGACGAAAAAUCUUGGAGAAAUUCAGGAGAAUUUAAAUUCUGUUGAAGAGAAUCUCUUAAAGUUGCAGAGACAUAUGGAGGAAAAAGAUGAGCAGACAUUUCUGAAGGAGGAAGCUUGUUGGGAUACAAGGAUUAAUGAGGAAAAUCAGGCACUUUCAAUAGCUGUUGGACCACUGUCAAUUGGACUGUUCAAUGGCCCUUUACAAUAUACAGCGUUGAGAGAAAUGUUUGACAACAUUGACCCUGUUCCAGCCUGUCUGACUCUGGAUCCAAACACAGCACAUCCCCGGCUCAUCCUGUCUGAGGACCGGACCAGUGUGAGACUUGGAGACAAACGGCAGCCGCUCCCUGACUCUUUGGAGAGGUUUGAUCCCUGGCCCUGUGUCCUGGGAUCAGAGGGAUUCACAUCAGGGAGACAUUACUGGGAGGUGCAGGUAGAAAAGAAGACUCAAUGGACUGUGGGAGUAGCUCGAGAGUCAAUGGACAGGAAAGGGAGUAUCGGACUGCAGCCUGAAUCUACGUACUGGAUUGUCGGGCUACUUCCUUCAAGUGAAUAUUUUGCCCUCAGCUCCAACUCGCUGCAACCUCUAUCACUGUGCAUCAAACCCCAAAUUAUAGGUGUUUUCCUGGACUAUGAGGGUGGACAGGUGUCAUUUUACAAUGCGGACACUAUGUCCCAUCUCCACACUUUCAGCUACCCUUUCACUGAGAGGGUCUUUCCCUUCUUCUGUCCAGGACUGGAUGAUGACGGAAAAAAUAUUGCACCACUGGCCAUUUGUGGGAUUAAAGGAGACUGACAGAGCCAUUCCAUAAUUUCACCCCAUCCCCCUGCCUCCUGCCAGCUGUAAUCUGAUGGGGUUUGGUCUCAGUCACAGGUGGAGAGAGAAGCCAGGUUAACAUUCUGGGAUUAAACCCUGUAUCAGAACUGGGAACUGAAAGAUCAGCAAGGAGCUGUGUAGGGCUGGGAGAAAGAAGGAGGGGGGAGAGAAGAAACAAAGAGAAGCUCAAUUGGAGAGAGGGACUUACUUGGUAGAAUGAGCUGUGAGCUGCAGGAACCUGGGGACCUUCCUGCCUAUAAUGUUGCUCCACAGGCGGGAGGUGGUGCUACAUGAUAGUGUUUGAUCUGAAUCAGAUUGGACUCAGUGGAGUCUUUCCAGGAGGCACACUACAUCAUUUCACUGGAGAGUCAAAGGAGUAUUUCCAGGGUGCUGUAUGACACAGUUCCCUCUUUUUUUAAUAUAAA